UCACGCUAUUUGUGCAUUUUUUUCUUUUUUCUUUUUUCUUUUUGAGUCUUUUUUGUGAAGACUUGAUUUCAUGUAUAUGUCUCCAAAAGUUUCCUCUCUCUGCACUUUGAGAGGAUUUCUCUGGGUUUUAAGACUUGAUAAACGUCUCUCUCUCAUCUAUGUUUGUGGAAGAAAAUGAACGGCGGAGAUUCGUCAGACACCAAGGAUCCAGCCAUCAAGCUCUUUGGAAAGACGAUUCCUCUCCCGGAAUGUCAUUUUCCGGGAAAGUCUGGCGAGAAAUCCGAUGUGGGUUGUCAGAUUCCGGACAAGUCCCAAGUUAUGGAGUUGUGUAGUGGAAUAUCAAAAACAGAAGCUGAGGAUGUUCAUUUCAAUGAGUCUGGAAAGCAAGGCAAGUCUUCUGGUUCGAAGGAUGGUCAGGAGGAGGACAACCCGGCUGAGACUAGCGGUGUCGACCAAGACAAGGCUUUCAAGAAACCUGACAAGGUCAUUUCAUGUCCUCGGUGCAACAGUUUUGACACUAAGUUCUGCUACUUCAAUAACUACAAUGUCAAUCAGCCUCGACAUUUUUGCAAGAAUUGCCAAAGAUAUUGGACAGCUGGUGGAACAAUGAGAAAUGUUCCUGUUGGUGCUGGCAGGCGAAAGAACAAGCACUUCUCUUCUCAAUAUCGUCAGAUAGUGGUGUCCCCCGAUUCAGUACCAGCAACAAGAAUCGAAAUCCCUGACUCUGUCAAUCAACAACUUUUCUCUUGUGGUGAAUCUCAGAGCACGUUGAAUCCUUUAACUAGCAGUGGAACAGUACUAAAAUUUGGUCCCGAAGGACAUUUAUGUGAAUCCAUGACAACUGUGCUUCAUCUCAAAGAUCAGAAAAGCUGUGCUUCUGAUUUUGGUUCGUCCAGAGAUAAAAGAGAGGACCCUCCCUCAUGUGGUUCUUCAAUUACAGCGUCCAGUAUCCAGGAAAAUCAGAUACCCGAAAAGGUUAACGAGCUUUCUCAGCCAAAUCCCUUGCAAUGUUAUCCAGUUCCUCCUUGGGUUUCCCCUUGGAAUCAAGCAUGGAGUGAUGGAGCUUCCAUGGUGGCAUCUCGGUGCUCUUCUGAACUGGUUUCUGCACCAGUUGAUGGUAAUCCAAACCCAAUUCAAUGGUGCUCGACACCAAUGCUUGCAGUUCCUGGAUUUUGCCCGCCUAGCAUUCCUCUACAGUUUGUACCUGCAUCAUAUUGGGGUUGCUUGCCUGUUUGGACAACAGGAACAAGACAUAUACCAAUGGUGGGAGUGGAUGGUGGCCAAUCUCCAUCAUUAUCCACUAGCAACAACUUACCAACGUUAGGAAAGCAUUCCCGGGAUGCAAAUUUGAUGGAUGAGGAGUCAGAUAAGUGUGUUUUAGUUCCCAAGACACUGAGAAUUGAUCACUCUGAUGAGGCUUCUAAGAGUUCUAUCUGGGGCACAUUAGGUUUUAAGUCUAACAAGAAAGAAACUGAAGAAUCAAGAUGUGGGAUUUUCAAACCAUUCAAACCUAGCGGCGGUGAAUGCAAGGGCCAUCCAUCAGAUACUACUCAGGUGUUAGAAGCCAACCCUGCAGCUCUUUCUCGCUCCCAUACAUUUCAAGAGAGCACCUAAAAAUGAAAUACGAUGAGCGUUUGAAGAAUUUGAUUUUGGCCGUUCGCUACAGGGUCUUUCGAGAAAUUUUAUGCUAGACUCUGGUUUGCACAAUAAAGUUAUGGAAGCAUUUUGGUUGCUGGAGAUUCAGAAGAUGCACACGUGAUCCACGAGUGGUGAAUUCAUCUGUUUUGGGUCUAUCAACGCUGUAAAUAGAAGAAUCUUGCGAGUUAAGUGGGUUGUUUUUGGUACUUGGCCUAUUUCAGGUUUGUCUAAUCCAGAAUUUUGUAAAUUGCAGUUCUUUUGCAUAACAAGGUUUAUUUUUUAUUAAAUCUUUAAUGAAUGCAAUAUUACA